AUGAACUCUUCAACCCUAACCAACGAGCCUAACCCCAAUACUACACCCGAGAACCCUCCGAAACCAAAGAAGACCCGUCGCAGUCGCCAUGCCCCCGAGCCCGACUGGUCUGCCAUGGUGCGUGAGAAGAUACGGAAACCGCAGAACCGCGUAGGGCAGGCCUGUGAUCGGUGCAAGCUCAAGAGAAUGCGCUGCUCACAGGGUGAGACUGGCUGCGCUGCAUGUCUGGCAUGCGGGAUACCCUGCAAAGUGACCGAUCGCGUGAGCGGCGAGACGAUGGUGCGAGGCGAGGUGGCGCGCAUGAAGGCUCUUAUCUUCAAGCUGAGGAGUAAGACGGCUUUGUUGGAGGAGCAGGUAAAGCAGCUGGAGCAGAAGAAUGCUCAGCUUCAGGGGCAAAUGGGGCAAAUGGGGCGAAUGGGGCGGUCUUAUGAGAGUUAUGUGGAGCAGUGUGAGGCGGAUCUUGGUCCUAGAGUGAUGUGA